ACCUAACCUCAAAAUCAACAAAACAUUACACACGAUGUGUUUAUCAGUCCAUGAGAUGAGUCACGUAGCCUAAUUCGGCUCUACGAUCUCGUACCAGAAUAAAUUGAUCCUCGAAAAAAAUUUCCCCUCAAAAAUAAAUCGCUGUAUAUACCUUUAUACCCAUAACCUCACUCUCCAAAACACACAGCGAUUCGCGAAUCACUCGCACACGCGCCAUCCGCGCAGGAGCCAGCUGAAAUCGAAUUUCACGUGCCCCACUUUUUUAUUCACAUUCCUCUUUAAACUGUCCGAAUAAUAUAGGGCACACCAGCAGCGCAAAGUUCGCGCUUCGCGUUGCGACGACAGUGCAGUGAGUAUUCGAUCGCUGCUUCGCGACAGUCCGUGUCUAUCUAUAUAGGUAUAUAAGUAUAUCUCGUGCGUAUGCGCGGUGGUGGCGUAUGUUUACCUUGAUUAUUAUUACUCGCAGUCGCGAUCGACGUGGUAGUGGGAAAAAAAACUCGACGCACGUAAAUGUACAUACUGUAGUCUCUCGUUUGGCAGUAGCUGCAGUUCCGCACUCUUGUUUCCUCGUCCUGGAUCGUCGUGUUUUGGCAAGGCAGCCUCGUUUUUUUCGCACAGUGAUGCGAAGUUUUUCAGUUUGAGAUAACUGUGAGUGUAACUAUUCAGGAAUCGAAGACAGACAAUGGCUUCGUUGCACCAAAACAAGCCCUCGCAGUCUGUAGACUCCGUUGCUGCGCACAAGUCCACAGAAAUUAUGUCACCCAUAACAAAACAUCAAUCAAAGGAGCCGACACGCUAUAAUAAUAUAGUGAAGUCACCCAACGAUAAAAGGGACUAUAGAGGGCUGAUUUUGCAUAAUAAAUUGAAAGUAUUACUCAUAAGCGAUCCUAUGACUGAUAAAAGUGCUGCUUCUCUAGAUGUUAAUGUUGGUUACCUAAGCGAUCCAAAAGAACUGCCUGGUCUUGCUCACUUUUGUGAGCAUAUGCUCUUUCUGGGCACAACUAAAUAUCCAGAGGUAAACGACUACAAUCAGUAUUUGUCGCAAAAUGGAGGAGCUAGCAAUGCUGCCACGUACCUGGACCACACAAACUAUUACUUUGAUGUCAAUCCUGAUAAACUGGAAGGCGCACUUGAUAGAUUUUCACAGUUUUUUGUAUCACCUCUGUUUACCGAGUCUGCUACAGAGAAGGAAAUAACUGCUGUUCAUUUGGAACACGAAAAAAAUAUAGCUAAUGACACUUGGAGAAUGGAUCAGCUGGACAAAUCAUCAGCUGAUCCCAGUCAUGCGUACUCUAAAUUUGGAACAGGAAGCAAAGACACAUUGGAAGUCAUACCAAAGCAAAAGAAUAUUGAUGUGCGACAGGAGCUACUUAAUUUCCAUAACACUUGGUACUCAGCAAAUAUCAUGGCUUUGAGUGUUCUUGGAAAAGAAAGUUUGGACGACUUGGAGAAAAUGAUCGUAGACAUGUUCUCGGACAUCGAUAAUAAGAACGUUGAAGUGCCUAAGUGGCCUGCUCAUCCUUUCACAGAUGAACAUUUCAAAACGAAAUGGUUUAUUGUACCCAUAAAGGACAUUAGGAAUCUCAACAUCACGUUUCCCAUUCCAGACAUGCAAGAGCAUUUCCGAGCAGCACCUGUGCAUUACUGGUCACAUUUGCUAGGACACGAGGGAAAAGGCUCGCUUCUGUCAACAUUAAAGGAAAAGGGCUGGUGCAAUUCCCUGGUUUCAGGCAAACGUUCAUCAGCUAGAGGUUUCGACUUUUUCAGCGUUUACGUCGACCUCACCGAAGAAGGAAUUCUCCACGUCGACGACAUCGUCACGAUGACCUUUCAGUAUAUCAACAUGUUGAAAAACGAAGGACCAGUCGAGUGGAUUUUCGAAGAGUACAGCGACAUAGCGAAAAUGAACUUCCGCUUCAAGGAGAAGGCCUCGCCACGCAGCUACGUGAACGUCACUGUUCAAUCUUUACAGGAUUAUCCAAUCGAGGAAGUACUGAGUGCGUCACGACUCUUCACCCAAUGGCGACCCGACCUCAUCAAUGAACUCAACAACUACCUCGUGCCGGAAAAGAUUCGAGUGCAGGUAGUAGCCAAGGCGUACGAGGCCAAUGCUGACAGCGUCGAGCCCUGGUACGGCACCAAGUACAAAAAGGAGAAGAUUCCGGAGGACCUGAUUCAGCGCUGGAACAAUGCUGGAACUGAUGAGGCUUUCCAGUUGCCUGAGAAGAACGAGUUCAUACCCACCAAGUUUGAUAUUAAGUCCAUCGAAAAAGCGGAAAAGUUCCCUACGAUCAUAGAAGACAAUCCGUUUAUCCGCACUUGGUUCAAACAAGAUGACGAAUUCCUUCUGCCGAAAGCUACUAUGACGUUCGAUUUCGUGAGUCCUCUAACCUACAUCGAUCCAAUCAGCAGUAAUAUGACCUACAUGUUCGUCCAACUAUUCAGAGACUCUCUUAAUGAAUACGCCUACAGUGCAGAUUUAGCUGGUCUGAAGUGGGAACUGAGUCACAGUAAAUACGGAUUAAGCUUGAUAAUAGCUGGCUACGACCACAAGCUAGUCGUGUUGCUGAAUAAAAUUCUGGAUCGAAUGGUCAACUUCACCAUCGACGACAAGAGGUUCGCGAUAUUGAAGGAAAACUACAUCAGAGGUCUGAAGAAUUUCGAAGCAGAACAGCCUUACCAGCAUGCAGCGUAUUACCUGGCAGCGCUUAUGUCUGAGCAAGUCUGGGUGAAAAAUGAACUCUUGAAUGCCUGCUCCAUGUUGACUGCGGACCGAGUCAGACAAUUCAUACCACUGCUUAUGAGUAAAAUGCAUAUUGAGUGCCUCAUCCACGGUAACAUCACCAAAGCGGAAGCUCUAAAGACAGUGAAAAACGUUGAGUCGAAGCUGAUUUCUUCUGUCAAAGACUUGACUCCGCUUCUUCCCAAACAGCUAGUAUUGUACCGUGAACUGGAAUUACCAAACGGCUGCCACUACCUGUACGAAGUGGACAAUAAGCACCAUAAGAGUUCUUGCACGCAAAUCUAUUAUCAAAGUGGUAUGCAGUCAACCGAGAGCAACAUGCUGCUUGAACUUUUCACGCAAAUCAUCUCCGAGCCGUGUUUCAAUAUUCUGCGUACAAAGGAACAACUGGGUUACAUCGUAUUCAGUGGCAUCCGCCGAACGAACGGCGUUCAGGGUCUCCGUAUAAUCGUCCAGAGCAACAAGCAUCCACAGUUCGUCGAAGAGAGAAUCGACGCGUUUAUGGAGUCCAUGAAAGACUACAUCACCAACAUGUCCGACGAGGAAUUCAACCGGCACAAGGAAUCGCUUGCGACGCAACGGCUCGAGAAGCCCAAGAUGUUGACUUCGCAGUCCGGCAUCUACUGGAAUGAGAUAUCAAUGCAGCAGUACAACUUCGAUCGUGCGAACGUCGAGGUCGCAUAUCUGAAGACGAUCUCCCGUAGCCAAAUUAUUGAUUUCUACAAGGACGUGGUACACUCGGAGUCGCCGCAGAGACACAAGCUGAGCAUUCACGUAGUGUCAACGGCGGAAGGCGGCGCAGCAGCCGAAGACGUGACGUCGUCAACGCCGAGCGCAGAGGAGACAAAGAAGACGCUCGAGCAGGCGGAGCAGCAGCCUGCACGCAUCCAAGACAUCUUACAAUUCAAGACGAGUCACCCGCUUUAUCCGCUAGUCAAGCCCUUCAAUAAUGUGCCGCGCAAGGGUACGCAGCAGCAGUCCAAACUCUGAACGACCUUUGACGCUUAGAAGGACUCUGCUAAUGGUGCCUUAGACUCUCUCCAGACGAAGAUGCUUGAAUCGUCACGUGGUUCUUCGGCUGUGCCCUUGACAGGGAUAGCAGAUGAAUUGUCGAACAAUUAAACUGUUUGAGAGAUGAAAUCAUUGUUGUUUUUUUUUCAGAAAAAAGUAGAUUUUUCUUGUAUUCUUCUGCAAGGGCACUAAUCUGUUUUUAUUGUAUGAGUGAAUUUGAUCUCUAACGAAUCGUCAGAAAAAACAUCACAAAAUAUUCUAAUUAAUUUUAUUUUAAUAUUUAGCUGCAAAUAAAUCUAGAACUAACGUAAUGAAAAGAAAGCCAAGCUAUUACUAAUAAGUUUAUGUAGGUAGCGUAUGUAUCAAUUAUGCAUGAUUUGGUUCGUUAGAUAUUUAAGAGCUGGUUUAAAUCAGGCGCAAGAAAUGUGUAAUCUAAAAGAAAGCUGGAAAUUGUAGAUAAUAAAAAUAUAAACUGAAUAUAAAAAGGUGAUUGGUGCGUCAAAUGAAUUCUACAUUAUGCAUCAAGUUACGUGAAUGGAUACUAUUUUAAUUCAAGUUUUUACAAAACUGUGAAACAAUAUGUGAUCAAUUAUACAUCUAUCAACGAUUAUUAUAUUUUCAUAGUGCGUGAAAUUAAAUAUUACAUUUCGUGCUUUUACGUAUUAACGUUUGUAUACAUAACUAUAAUCUUAUGUGUACUUAGAGGUGAAGGUGUUCAUUGUUCUCUGUACUAUAAAGCUGUAAUUUAGUAAAUCCCAACAAAUGGGAUUCAAAUAUUUAAUUACAUAACGUGCAAGAUUUUACAAUCGAGCUACUGUUUUGAAUAGUAGCUUCGAUGAAUUUCCUUGAAAUCAUUAGAAAAACAGAGUUCCAAUAAAUUUAUAGCAAUUUUUAAUGAAUAAUUUUAUUAUAUUUUGCCCCUUAUCAUUUAAAUUUUCGUAUUGUGCACAGAAGAGUGGUUUGACAUAUAUUCUCGCAAUACUGCAUUUAUUCGUUAUUCGUUAAGUUGCGCAACGUAAAAAGUUUGCUAUCGACAGCCAUUUUUAUUUAUCAAUACAAAACAUGAACCAGUCUCGAGAGAUCUAGAGUCCAAAGCAGUCCAUGUGUCAGACAAAUAACUGUAGUAUUCAAAAAGUUAUUUAGCAACGCUUGUUCAAUAUGAGUAAUUUUAUUGUGCUGCUUGGCGUUGUUUGUUUCGCGGUAUUUUUUCUCGGGGCAGUUUCCGCAAUAGAUACAGCUUUAAAAUCCACUUACAAAGGCCCACGUGUAAACGAUCUAAGAGUAGUUUGCGAACGACAGUGCGACAAUAUAGAGCAGUGGCGGACGCAAUUUUGUUUGGAAAACUGCCAGCAGCUAUUGUAGUAUAAUAAUGCGGUUGUAAGAAGGAAAACGAAUAAAUUGUUCGUAUAUAACUAGAA